AUGAGCAUUCCUCGAGCCUCGACGCCUUUGUCGCGUCUGCUCCCCCCGCUCAUCUUAGGCGGUGCCGGGCUCAGCCAUCAAGUAUUUCGAAACCCUAACUCGACCCAGGCGCUGCAGCUUCUCAAACGUUCAUUUCAGCUCGGUCUACGGGCCAUCGACACCUCAGCCUACUACCAUCCUUCAGAGGAGCUUCUAGGGGAAGCCCUCUCUCAUCCCGACAUCACCAAUAACUACUCCCGCGACCAGUACCUCUUGAUGACCAAAGUGGGACGUAUCAGCGCCACCCAUUUUGACUACUCGCCUGCAUGGGUCCGAAAAUCUGUCACGCGCUCGCUGCAGCGCUUGCACACCCGCUAUCUGGAUGUGGUUUUCUGCCAUGAUGUUGAAUUUGUGCCCGAGGAAGAGGUCCUUGAGGCCGUCGGGGUCCUGCUAGAAAUGGUCCGUGAUGGUCACAUCCGAUAUAUUGGUAUAUCGGGGUACCGAAUUGAUGUCCUUGCGCGCAUCGCUCGGCGCGUCAAGGAGCAGUACUCGCGGCCUUUGGAUGUGGUGCAGAAUUGGGCCCAACUGACCUUGCAAAACGACCGACUUGCGCAGGAGGGUUUGUCAGCCUUGCAAGAGGCUGGCGUAUCGUGUGUCUGCAAUUCUAGUCCGUUGGCAAUCGGUCUCCUACGGGCCGGAGGGGUCCCCGUCGGCGACUUGGGAGACUUUCAUCCGGCUCCGGCAGGCUUGCGACUCGUAGCACAGAAAGCGGCUGAUUAUGUUACCUCACGGGGCGAGUCUCUGGCAGAGUUGGCCCUGCGGUAUGCUAUCCGUCGUGCGCAAUUAGUAUCAACUCCAGAUUUCCGUGUUACGACUAUCACGGGAGCGGCUUCAGUCACAGAGUUGGAAGAGAAUGUCGCGACUGCUAGACGAGUUCUCGCAGAUUCAGACGAGUUCAGAUUGCUGUGGAAUGCAGAUGUAUCUUCUGAAGAAUCAGUACAUAAUGACCAAGAUGAAUCAUUGUGUGCAGCAGUGCAGGAGAUCUUAGGUCCAUGGCAUAACUAUAGCUUUCCGAGUCCUGGUGAUGGAUGGGAUGUGGCAACCAAACGGCCAGUGCAAGUCCGAUUAUGA